AUAUUUUUAAGAUUAAGAAAAAAAUCUAUUUUAGAUCGCGCAUCCUUACGUAUACCAUAACGUUCUGUGCCUGAAUUAGUUUAAGUUUCUUUUUAGAAAAAGCAAUGUCGAAACCAUCUUAUAAAGUAGCUAAUCUGAAUUUGGCUGAAUGGGGUCGCAAAGAAAUCACCUUGGCUGAAAAUGAGAUGCCGGGGUUGAUGAGUCUGAGAAGAAGAUACGGCAGCAGUAAAAUUCUGAAGGGGGCUAGAAUUUCUGGAUGCUUGCAUAUGACGGUGAUGACGGCGGUUAUGAUAGAAACACUUCUGGAAUUGGGAGCUGAGGUCCAAUGGGCCAGUUGCAAUAUUUUCAGCACCCAGGACCAUGCUGCAGCGGCUCUAGUGAAACGGGGGGUAGGAAUUUACGCUUGGAAAGGAGAGACCGACGAAGAAUAUGUGUGGUGCAUAGAACAAACCCUUAUAUUCCCUGACGGGAACACCUUCAACAUGAUUUUAGAUGAUGGCGGCGACCUCACCAAUUUGGUACAUAAAAAGUACCCUCAGUAUUUAAGCGACUGUAGAGGAAUCAGUGAGGAAACCACAACUGGUGUGCAUAAUCUUUACAAGUUGUUCAAUCAAGGCAUUCUACAAGUGCCAGCUAUUAUCGUCAAUGAUUCGGUUACAAAAAGUAAGUUUGAUAACAUCUAUGGUUGCCGAGAAUCACUAAUUGACGGCAUUAAGAGGGCUACAGAUGUAAUGCUUGCCGGGAAAGUGUGUGUAGUAGCUGGAUAUGGAGACGUUGGCAAAGGCUGUGCGCAAUCUUUAAGUGCGCUUGGGGGCAGAGUCAUCAUCACCGAAAUUGACCCCAUCAAUGCCCUACAAGCUGCUAUGGAGGGUUAUGAAGUCACGACAAUGGAAGAAGCCUCCAAGGAAGGUCAAAUAUUUGUCACCACAACAGGGAGUAUAAACAUCAUUCUAGAAGACCACUUUCUUAAUAUGAAGAACGACAGUGUGGUAUGCAACGUCGGGCAAUUUGACAGCGAGAUUGACGUGAAUUGGCUAGAAAAACAUGCAAAAGAAAAAGUCAACAUAAAACCACAAGUUGACAGAUAUCUUUUAUCCAAUGGAAAUCACAUUAUUAUUCUUGCCGAAGGGCAACUGUGUAAUCUAGGAUGUGCUUCAGGUCAUCCUGCUUUUGUGAUGUCAAAUUCCUUUACCAAUCAAGUUUUGGCUCAGAUAGAAUUGUGGACAAAACCAAGACAGUAUACUGUAGGCGUCCAUAGGCUGCCUAAAAGCCUUGAUGAAGAAGUGGCAAGGUUACAUCUGGACCAUCUUGGUGUUAAACUGACUAAAUUGACUCCUGAACAAGCGCAGUAUAUGGGGGUGCCAAUUGAUGGUCCUUUUAAACCAGAUCAUUAUAGAUACUAGACAAACUCUGAUAGUAAAUGUAAAUGGUAUCUCGGUCGUAUCAACAUUUUGUGCGAAUAAAAAAUCAUUUGAAUAAUAAAAAUUUAUAUUUUAUU